GUACCCAUGCAGUCAUUUUUUCUGAGUGGACAACCCAAACAACCGAGUGAAGUGCGUAACAUCUUGCAAUAGCUCGCCGUUGUGCACCAUGGCGAACUUAAAAAUGUUUAUCAAUAAAAACCUCGUGGCGAUAGUGAUGAUUCCCUCGUUGAUUGGCAUGCACUGGGCGUGGGACAACUUGCAGCACAACAAGGUGCUGGUUGCUGACCACGAGCGCAAAGAUUUGCCAAUUGUUAUUGCCGCUAAGGCGCUGUGGGACCGUGUAGGAGGAAGCAAAUCGGAACCGGUGUCGGAAAAGUGAUGGCCAACUACGGGACCGAGUUGCGUAACGGCUACGGCUAGCGGUAUAGCGUUUAAUGGUAUGCAAAAUAUAUUUGUAGCAUUUUAACAGGUCGGCGCCAA